CGUACCCCGCGCCGCCCAGCUUCCCAUUUCCCAGAAGGCCGAGGGCGGCGCGUUCCCGACAUGCCCCGCGGCGGCCGACAACCGCCGGAUUUGAAUCGCGGCACCGCUCGGCGGCGGCGGGAUGAGUACCCCGUCGUUGCCCCCGGCCUGGCAGCUCUACCUCAAGGACCAUCGUGUCUCCACAUUUAAGAACUGGCCCUUCUUGGAGGGCUGCGCCUGCACCCCGGAGCGAAUGGCCGCGGCCGGCUUCAUCCACUGUCCAACUGAGAACGAGCCCGACUUGGCUCAGUGUUUCUUCUGCUUCAAGGAGUUGGAAGGCUGGGAGCCAGAUGACGACCCUAUAGAAGAACAUAAAAAGCAUUCAUCUGGUUGUGCUUUCCUUUCUGUCAAGAAGCAGUUUGAAGAAUUAACCCUCAGCGAAUUUUUAAAACUGGAUAAAGAAAGAGCCAAGAACAAAAUUGCAAAGGAAACCAACAAUAAACAGAAAGAAUUUGAAGAAACUGCAAAGAAAGUCCGCUGUGCCAUUGAGCAGCUAGCUGCCUCGGAGUGACGCCAUCCCCACCGUCACUGCCCCACAGGGACACAGACACAUCCUUUCCAAGGCACAGCCCUCAGCAUUACCAGCUUUCCUCUGGGGCCACUUAACUGUGCCUUAGGAAAGGAGAACAUCAACACUUUGAAAUUAGAAUAUUUACCUGUAUUUUUGGGUUUUCCUUGAAGGCGGUGCCAGGGGCUAUUUCUGUUGUACAGCUGGUGCUAAGUACAGUGACGGAUUCUCUUUUUUCUCUUUGGUAGUUUUUGCUUUAUUGAUUCCUGGACUUAGGGUGAGGGGAGAAGUUUGUCCACGUGGGUAGAGCCCUUUUACAGUGACCUGUCUGGGCUUCACACUGACGACUGGCUGUCCAGCUGAGAUGCGAUGUGUGAAUGUGAUCAUUGGUCCAUUGUGACUGGACAAACAGGAUUAAGAAUGCCAUUUUAAAUUUCA